CGCCCCGAGGCCGGGCCCGGGGGCGCGGGGCGGCGGGAUGCGGCGCCCGGGGCGGCGAUGACCGCGGAGUGCACGCCGCGGGCCCGGCCCUGACCCCGCCGCCCGCUCGCCCGCUGAGACCCCUGCCGAGAUCCGGACAGGCCGAGAUGACGCCGAGCCCCUUGUUGCUGCUCCUGCUGCUGCCGCCGCUGCUGCUGGGGGCCUUCCCGCGGGCUGCCGCCGCCCGAGGCCCCCCAAGGAUGGCGGACAAGGUGGUCCCGCGGCAGGUGGCCCGGCUGGGCCGCACUGUGCGGCUGCAGUGCCCGGUGGAGGGGGACCCACCGCCACUGACCAUGUGGACCAAGGACGGCCGAACCAUCCACAGCGGCUGGAGCCGCUUCCGCGUGCUGCCCCAGGGGCUGAAGGUGAAGCAGGUGGAGCAGGAGGAUGCCGGCGUGUACGUGUGCAAGGCCACCAAUGGCUUCGGCAGUCUGAGCGUCAACUACACCCUCGUCGUGCUGGAUGACAUUAGCCCAGGGAAGGAGAGCCUGGGGCCCGACAGCUCCUCUGGGGGUCAAGAGGACCCCGCCGGCCAGCAGUGGGCACGACCACGCUUCACACAGCCCUCCAAGAUGAGGCGCCGGGUGAUCGCACGGCCUGUGGGCAGCUCCGUGCGGCUCAAGUGUGUGGCCAGUGGGCACCCUCGGCCCGACAUCACGUGGAUGAAGGACGACCAGGCCUUGAUGCACCCAGAGGCCGCCGAACCCAGGAAGAAGAAGUGGACGCUGAGCCUGAAGAACCUGCGGCCGGAGGACAGCGGCAAAUACACCUGCCGCGUGUCGAACCGCGCAGGCGCCAUCAACGCCACGUACAAGGUGGAUGUGAUCCAGCGGACCCGCUCCAAGCCCGUGCUCACAGGCACGCACCCCGUGAACACGACGGUGGACUUCGGGGGGACCACAUCCUUCCAGUGCAAGGUGCGCAGCGACGUGAAGCCGGUGAUCCAGUGGCUGAAGCGUGUGGAGUACGGUGCCGAGGGCCGCCACAACUCCACCAUCGAUGUGGGCGGCCAGAAGUUCGUGGUGCUGCCCACGGGCGAUGUGUGGUCGCGGCCCGACGGCUCCUACCUCAAUAAGCUGCUCAUCACCCGCGCCCGCCAGGACGAUGCGGGCAUGUACAUCUGCCUCGGCGCCAACACCAUGGGCUACAGCUUCCGCAGCGCCUUCCUCACCGUGCUGCCAGACCCAAAACCGCCAGGGCCACCUGUGGCCUCCUCGUCCUCAGCCACUAGCCUGCCGUGGCCUGUGGUCAUCGGCAUCCCAGCUGGCGCCGUCUUCAUCCUGGGCACCGUGCUCCUGUGGCUUUGCCAGGCCAAGAAGCCGUGCACGCCCGCUCCUGCCCCUCCCAUGCCUGGGCACCGCCAGCCAGGGACAGCCCGCGACCGCAAUGGAGACAAGGACCUUCCCUCGUUGGCCGCCCUCAGCGCUGGCCCUGGUGUGGGGCUGUGUGAGGAGCAUGGGUCUCCGGCAGCCCCCCAGCACUUGCUGGGCCCAGGCCCAGUUGCUGGCCCUAAGUUGUACCCCAAACUCUACACAGACAUCCACACGCACACACACACACACUCACACACACACUCACACGUGGAGGGCAAGGUCCACCAGCACAUCCACUAUCAGUGCUAGAGGGCACCGCCUCUGCGGUGGGCACGGGGCCGGCCAGACAGGCAGACUGGGAGAAUGGAGGACGGGGCUGCAGAUGAAAGCGGGGGACCCAUGGCGAGAAGGAAUGGCCAGCACCCCGGGCACUCUGUGUGAGGCAUAGCCCCUGGACACACACACACAGACACGCUGCCUGGAUGCAUGUAUGCACACACAUGCACACACACACACUGCCUGAACACAGGCACAUGCAGACAUGCUCCCUGAACGCAUAUGCACGCAUGCACAUGUGCAGAUAUGCUGCCUGGACACACAGAUAAGCUGCCCAAACGCAUGCACAUGCACACAGACAUGCCAGAACAUACAAGGACAUGCUGCCUGAACAUACACACACAGAGAUAUGCUUCCUGGACAUGCACGCACACAUGCAGAUAUGCUGCCUGGACCCACACACGCAGAUAUGCUGUCCGCACAUAUGCACACACGUGCAGAUAUGCUGUCCAGACACGCACACACACGCGCAGAUAUGCUGCCUGGACACACACACACACGCGCGCGCAGAUAUGCUGGAUAUGCUGUCCGUACACACGCACAUGCAGAUAUGCUGCCUGGAUACACACACACACACACAGAUAAUGCUGCCUUGACACAUGCACACACAUGCACAGAUAUGCUAUCCGGACACACACACACGCCGAUACGCUGCCUGGACACGUGGGCUGAGGUGCUUUUGGGAGGGUGUGCUGUGAGGCCUGCAGUGCAUGUGUAGUGAGGCUCAUAGUUGAUGAGGGACUCUCCCUGCUCCACCGUCACUCCCCCAACCCUGCCCGCCUCUGUCCCCGCCUGGCCUUGGUGGCUAUUUUUGCCACCUGCCUUGGGUGCCCAGGAGUCCCCUACUGCUGUGGGCUGGGGCUGGGGGCACAGCAGCCCCAAGCCUGAGAGGCUGGAGCCCAUGGCAAGUGGCUGACCCCCACUGCAUUCUCCCCCAACAGAGAGAAGGGGCCUUGGUAUUUAUAUUUAAGAAAUGAAGAUAUUAUUAAUAAUGAUGGAAGGAGGGCUGGGUUGCAGGGACUGUGGACUCUCCUGGGGCCCGGGACCUGCCUGGUCGUUCAGCCACGCUGAUGCCCACACCCCGUCCAGGCCAGACACCACCCCCCACCCCACUGUCGUGGUGGCCCCAGAUCUCUGUAAUUUUAUGUAGAGUUUGAGCUGAAGCCCCGUAUAUUUAAUUUAUUUUGUUAAACAUGAAAGUGCAUCCUUUCCCUCCA